CACCGGACGAGCAUAGCUGAAUCAAGGUCAUUGUUAUUUUUGCAAACUUCUGUGUCACUUGUUACGCAAAUUUACAGUCAACCGGUGCUACCCGUUCAAAUGCAUGUGCAUUUCUCUUUUAUUAUAGUAUGAAAGUGAGAUCAUAUAACAGUUCAUAUAUGUUUAAAGGUAAAUAUAUUCACUAAAUAAGAUGUCGACGUUACUUCCAAUUUCAUUAUGUGGCAAGAACUUGGGGGAACGACAUCGUCAUCUCAAUACUUUGGUGGAAGAGUCUUACCAGAAGGCAGUGCCUUUCGAGUCUAUCCAGAAUUUUUCAGAACAAUCAGCUAUAGAUCGUAUUUUUAAGAUCGACCUCGCAUCCAAAUAUCGUCACAUACAAUAUAUUAUACAAAAUUUAAAAGACGACAACAUGCUGUAUGUCAGCAGAGCUCUUAGAUGCCUUUGGUUGCUGGAGCCACAAUAUCGUGAUGUCAUAAAUCCUACAUACUUGGAGAAUGUCCUCUUUCCAGAGAUGUUAACAACUGCUGUUAACAAAAUGAAACACUGGAUCUAUCAACAUUUACGCGAUGCUGAAAGAUGUCAAGAAUUUUUUUUAUAUUACUCUUCAAAUAUCGAUAUAGCUAUUAAAUUUCUUUGGCACUGUACAACUGACUUCAUCUCCGAUGUAUUUGGAAACAUUUUAGAAAAUAUUAGUCCGCAACAUAUGAAAUUCUUAUGCGAAAAGUGUCCACAAGCCGUCAAAAUAUACUUUGAUAUGUUGCCAAAAAAUAAAAAACUUUUGUCUAUUUAUUUAGCCAAUGAAAUGAAAUAUUAUCUUAGCAUUAGAUCUCUGUUGAAAAUCGAAGCAGAGUUAUUUUUAGAUAUAACAGAAAAAUAUUACAAUACUUACAAAUUUAAAAGAUUCAGCUCUGCCGCCACGUUCUAUAUCAUGGAUAAACAUAGAGGGAGGUUCAACAAUAAACCCGAACUCUAUACGGCCAUGUUAUUGGAUACGAAGGCAUUAGCCAAAUGUUUGUCAACAUCUGAAGUUAAGGACCUGGUCCUUAAGCUUGCUCAAGCUAAAUACAUUGAUUCGUGGUUCUCAUAUAAAAAUAUAGAACCAUUGAUUAUUCGAUUGCCCAGAGAUGAGAGAAGUUUAUUUAAAAAACAAGUAUUCGUAGACAAGUCUAUUGGUGAAUGGAUAAAUGAAUGGCCAUAUUCAAUCCCCUGCCCACCUAAAAUGGAAGAUACGAGCACAACUCAAGACGAUAAUCAUGUGUUUGUAGACGUAGAGGAUUAUUAUGAUUAUUAUAUGGAUUUUAAAGCAAUGGUGAAAAAGAGAAAAUUACGCAUGUGGGAGAGUUCCAAGAGAAACCGAAUGAUCACUUUCGAAAACAUUUUCGAUAUGUAUCGGUUUGCUAGUUUCAAGAAAACAUUUAUAAAAUUAGAAAAACAAAUGUUGGCCGAAAGUUCGUCUCAGAUUCGCGAAUAUAUGAUGUUGGUUUUAGUUAGCAAGAGUGGUGGCCACCCUGAAAAUGUUGAACAGUUACUCGAAUUAUUGUUAAGACGUCAUGCGAAUGAACCGUCAAAUAUUCGUGCUGCGGUAGUGCGAAGUAUGGUGAAACGUGCUCAAGUUUGGCAAAUGCCGAGUACUGUAUGGCAGAUGUUCCUUAAAUUUGCACAAGGCCUUGGAUUAGAUGGUAACAAGGCCAAUGUGGAGUGCGACGAGGGUUUACACGCUGUUGUACUGCGUUAUAUUUUGUCGACUGGCAAUUGUCCUCUUGAAAUAUUUAUCAAGUUUUUAGAAAGAUUCUCGACAUUCAAAGAGUACAAAUUGAAUUCCACGGAGAAGAAAUAUCUCUUAGAGAAGUUACCUCAAAUACUCGUACCAACUCCGGAUGUGGAACCUGCACAGGCUGUUAUACAAUUAUUAAAGUUGCUCAAUGUUUUGGAAGACUAUCAUAUACGGCUUGAUAAAUAUCCGGCUAUACUAUCAAUUAUUAUUUCCUUUAUAAAACAACAUUUAUCCAUUUGUGGUGAACUCUUGAACCGUCUAUUCCGUAAUAGAAUAGCACGUAAAGAAUUAUUUCGAGAAAACUUUAGUCAUAAUCAAAAUAACGCGUCCUACUUAAAUGCUUUGAGGCGCGACUCUUCAAUACUACUCAAUAACAACAAAUUUAGCGAGUUAGUAAAAAGUAAGAUGCAUCAUGAUGGCUUCCUACGUAAGUUGAGUAUUUAUUUUUCAGAGCGGAGAGGCAUUGCGGAACGUUACUUAGAAAUACUUGAUAGUGAAUGUACUAAAGUUCCGCACGCAUAUCUCGCCCGCCCUGUAGCAUUAUUGGCGGGCCCAUCGUUAGGCCAACGACUACAGAAAUUAGAACGCAAUACUAAUAUUCAAAAACAGUAUGCAGCUGCAUUAUGGGCCAAUGCACACUUAGCGAAUGUUAAAUUUGAUUUGGACGACACGACUUGGACUGCAGCUGAUAUUAAAGCAAUUGCCAAUAGAGUUUUAAUUUGCCAAUACACAAAGAUCGACGAAUAUCUAAAUAAACUAAUGGCGGAUCGUCGCACGAUAAAACUAGCGAUUAUGCUAGCUCUUAGAAGUGGGCAAGAAGGAGUAGUAUUUAGAAAAGCAGUAAAUUUAAGACCCAUACUUACAGUUAAAUAUUCGUUUCAAUACAUAAGACAACGUGGUGAUGCGUUUGAUCAACGUGUUUGGGAGGCAGUUAAACCUGUCAUAAUGAAACUAGAUCUAAAUAAAUAUAAAAAAUUGCAAGAAUCUGUUGAUAAAGUGCAAACGAUACCACACAGAAUAAGAGUUGAAUAUUGCUGCAUAGUUUAUAGUGUUUUACGAAGGGUUGCAAGAUAUAAAGCAAUUAAAGUACUUCGUCGUCUCGAUUCGACUUUAGGUGAUGUAGAUGAAGAAAUUAUAGUAGAUGUUAUUAAAGAUUUUAUAAACAAUUUUUUAACAUUAGAUAAUAUAUCAAACGAACAAACUUAUUCUGAUAAAAAGCUUGUACAAUUACAUCUGUGGGUGACUGUAAAAUAUUUGCUACUCUGUCGAAGUGAAGAAGCACAGAAGCAAAGAAUGACAUUAAUUGGAGAACCGGUUUUAAAUAAGAUAAAGAGUUUAUGGCUAGAUAAGGUCAAUCGAUGUACUAUUUUAACAAUGUUGGACCAUAUUUUGUUUUAUUUGAAACAUAGUCAUGUAUUUUUCGACGGUGCAUAUGUUUCGAGUGUACCUGUAUUUGAAAGGGAAGCAGAAUGGAUGCAACAAAUAUUUCCGGUAACGAUGUAUUUCAAAAAAUACGUGACGCUGCACCUGACAAUGCUGUAUUGUAAAUCGAUCAGACAGUGUGUUAAACAUAAGCCUGACAUAUUCUCAGAUCCAGUAAAAACAAUAAACGAGGGAGUCCUUAUAGUUGGAACGACAUUUGGGAAAUAUUUAGCUUAUGAAAUCAAAGAUUUAACAAAAAAGUACUUCGAUUCCAUUGUAGAACUGUAUUCUAAGGAGAUGAGUGUUUAUUUGUGGAAGUAUUUUAGUAGCCACGAAAGCAGGGAUACGUUUAUUUGGUGCAUAUUAAAGGGAUUUUUAAGUGAAUGUCGACAUGAUGACACAAGGUUGGCAAUGUACAUUUUAAAAGAAUUUCAAUAUCAACAAGGUCCGGGAAAUGAGGAAGUCUAUAAUAUAUUGAAGCAAAUUGAUGAUGUACAAAUAAAGUAUUAUUUGUAUGCAUUAUUAUAGAAUGUAGUCGAAGGUUUUUUUUUUUUUUUACUGAGAAAAUUACUAAGGAUCUUAAAAAUAACUAAUAAAAUGUAAAUCAGACAAUUUUAAGAAUUGACAUCUGUCUGUUUGUUCGUUAUCGCCAUAGAAUAGAUUUGAAUGAUUACGCAAUAGUCUAACUUAAAAACUGAAACAAAUUAGUCGAAUGAAUAAUAGGAUAUUUAUAACUUGACACCUCUACUAUUUCUUCAAAAAUGCUAGAUGCUGUUAGUAUCGUUUUUUAUUGUUUUUGUGUAUUAAUUAAAAAACAGAAAUAUUUUAUGCAACAUUUUAUUACAAGAUAACUUAUAUCAAGCAGUUAAAUUAAUAACAAAAUAAUACAACGUAUUAUAAGUACGCGCGCACACAGCCAUACCAAUAAUAUGUCAUAAUUUCUAUCAAAGUACAUUGAAAUGUGAGAUUUUACAUGUUUAACAGGUCUUUCCACUAAGAAGAAGCAAUAACGUAAUCUUGUGUCAAUUUUUUUUUUGUAUAAUAUACCGCCAUUUUUAUUUUGCAAGCGAUAAUAAAUGCGUGUUUGAUUCUAAUCGAUUGACCGUCUAUGGGGCCCAUAAGAAGUACUAAAUUUGACAGGAGAUUACGACGUUGCGACUCUUAGCAGGGGCGGCCUCUAAAGUAUAAUUAUUCUAGAUACAUCACAAUUUAUCUAAAUAUACAUUUACAAUAUAACAUUUCAAAAAACAAAAUUUUUAUAGUUGACAUAUGUUAGCAUUUAUUUUUCUUCUCAUUGAAAUACCUAGCGCCAUCUGUCUCGUGUGCUAAAUGUGAUGUACUGUAUAACAAACAUUUACAGUUAUUUUUAAAUAGUUCAUAAUAACAUUGUUGUCCAGGUAAUAAUUGAUGUUUUAAUGUAAUAAAUGCAUUUUUUAUAUA